AUGCAGAGACUACUUUCCAACAUGGCAGCGUCGAGCAGCGCAGAGCAAACGCAGUUGCACGAUAUGGAGGAGGAAGAAGAAGGAAUGGAGGAGAGAGAGAUGGAAUCAGACGAGGAAAACCGCAUGCGAGGAGAAAAUUCAGACGAGGAAGAGGACGAUUCUUCGGAUGAUGAGAAAGAAAAUGAAGCCGAGAUCCAACGCUUGGAGGAGCAGUUGUCUAUCAACGCUUUCGACUACAACUGCCACGUGGAUCUCAUCAAGCUACUGAAGCAGGAGGGGGAACUUCCCCGUCUGCGAAAAGCAAGGCAGAAGAUGAGUGAGCUCUUCCCACUCACUGAAGAGAUUUGGCUGGAGUGGCUCAAGGAUGAGAUCCGUCUGACUGAGGAAGAGCCAAACCGGGAGAAAGUAUAUGAACUCUUUGAGAAAGCAGUGACAGACUAUAUCUGUCCAGAUAUCUGGCUCGAAUUUGCUCAGUAUUCAAUUGGUGGCAUGGGCUUGCCAGGUGGGAUGGAGAAGGUGAGAUCCAUCUUUGAGAGAGCUGUGAUGGCGGUGGGGCUUCACAUGACGAAGGGACAGGCGGUGUGGGAGGCAUACCGAGAGUUUGAGAAUGUCAUCCUGUCAACAGUACAGCCUCCCCCUGGCAGGGUUCCCAGCUGCGAGGAGCAAGGGCGUCUGAAUGUUCAGCUCGAGCGAAUCCACACACUGUUUCGCCGCCAGCUGGCCGUCCCUUUAAUGGACAUGGAAGCCACCUUUGCCGAGUACGAGGAGUGGUCUGAACAGGAGGUGGCUGAGACGGUCAUGAUUCAGUACAGAAAGGCUUUGCAGCAGUUGGCCAAGUGCAAACCCUUGGAAGAAGCACUGAUAUUAGCAGAACCUCCUAAGAUGGCGGAGUAUCAGGCCUUCCUCGACUUUGAACUAAAGGAGGGCGACCCGGCACGGAUCCAGAUCAUCUAUGAGCGGGCCCUGGCUGAGAACUGCCUGGUACCGGACAUGUGGACCAAAUACACAACCUAUCUGGACCGUCAGCUGAAGUUUAAAGACCUGGUUCUCUCCUCACAUGAGCGAGCGGUGAGGAACUGCCCGUGGACGAUGGGUCUGUGGAAGAGCUACCUCCUGGCUCUGGAGCGGUAUGACGCUGACCACGCCACCGUCUCAGAUGUUUUUGAAAAGGCGCUGAUUGCAGGUUUUAUUCAAGCGACGGAUUAUGUGGAAAUUUGGCAGGCAUUCCUCGACUACCUGAGGAGACGUGUUGAUUUCAGCAAAGAAUCAAGUAAAGAGUUGGAGGAGCUGCGAGGGUCUUUCGCCCGGUCUCUGGAAUACAUGAAGCAAGAUGUUGAAGAAAGAUUUGGUGAAAGUGGAGAUGCUUCUUGUAUCAUAAUGCAGAUCUGGGCAAGGAUCGAGGCCCUCCACUGCAAAAACAUCCAAAAGGCCAGAGAGCUGUGGGACAGCAUCUUGUCAAAAGGGAAUGCAAAAUAUGCCAACAUGUGGCUGGAGUACUAUAACCUUGAAAGGUCUUAUGGAGACAACGCUCACUGUCGGAAGGCUCUCCACAGAGCAGUUCAAUGCACCUCAGAUUACCCUGAGCACGUCUGUGAAGUCCUGCUCACAUUCGAGAGGGUGGAAGGUUCUCUGGAGGACUGGGACGUGGCGGUGCUGAAGACCGAGACCCGGCUGAACCGAGUCAAUGAGCAACGAGCGAAGGCUGCUGUGAAGGAAGCUAACCACGCCCGCCAAGAGGAGGACCGAGGGGAUCAGCGGCAGAAGAACAAAGCAGACAAGAAGGGUCAGAAGAAGGGUCAGAAGGGACCAGGAGCUGUGUUGAAGAGGAAAGCAACGCAGGAUGAUCACCAUAACGAUUGGAACAAUGACUCGGUAGCUCCUAAAAGACGUAGAGGAACUAGGGACGGCGCCACAGAGGAGAACAUGGAGACUGAGGCGGGGAGGAACCCCCCACCCGGCUAUAAGCCCGGCAACAAAAGAGCCCAGCAGGGGUCCGCCGCCCAGAGUCAGAACGAUGAGAAGCCAGAGCUGCGUAACGAUGACUGCAGUGUCUUCAUCAGCAACCUGGCGUACACCCUGGAGGAGCCAGAAGCCAAGCUCCGGGCGCAGUUUGAGAGCUGCGGUCCCAUCGCACAGGUUCGCCCCGUCUUCGCCACCAAAGGCACCUUCAAAGGCUACGGCUAUGUGCAGUUUGAAUCCGCAGUGUCUGUCGCUGAAGCCCUGAAGCUGGACCGACGGGAAGUGGAGGGCAGGCCCAUGUUUGUGUCUCCCUGUGUGGACAAAAAAGAGAAUCCCGACUUUAAGAUCUUUAAAUACAACACGACCAUGGAGAGGCAAAAACUCUUCAUCUCCGGGCUGCCGUUCUCGUGCACUAAAGAGCAACUGGAGGAAAUCUGCAAAAGUCACGGCACCGUCAAAGACCUUCGCCUGGUCACGUAUCGCUCUGGAAAACCCAAGGGUCUGGCGUAUGUUGAGUUUGCCGACGACACCCAGGCGUCUCAGGCCGUUCUGAAAAUGGACGGCAUGGACAUCGGGGAAAACAAAAUCUGUGUUGCGAUAAGUAACCCCCCGCGGAGAAAUAUGAUGGAUAAACCCGGUUUCGACAGAACGGACUUAAUGCCUCGGCAGGUCUUUGGAGGGAGAGGCAGAGGGCGCACGCAGCUGUCGUUGAUCCCUCGAUCCCUGCACCGGCAGAGUGAGCCUGUGAGCAAAGUAAAGAACGGAACCGUAGAUGCGGAGGCGUCGGGAGAAAGCAGCGCAGCCGGAGAGACGAAACCUUUGUCAAACUCAGACUUUGCCAGGAUGCUUCUCAGCAAGUGAGAGGAAGAGGAAGAGGAGGAGGAGAGAAAUAUGACUGCCUUCGGACCGAAAGCCAUCUUGUGUCCUUACAAAUACGUCUUUGAGAGUUUUCUGUAUUUGGUUAGCUGGCUUCCCUUUAACCUCAGUCCUGUCAGGUGGCCAACCUCCUGCCCUCCGUCGGAAAGACUUCACCAGUGUGACAGAUUGUUUUCAUUUUUGCUUGUUUGAAGCUAGAUGGCUGGGUAUUUUAUAAAAAGAAAGUGUAUAAUAUUUGUGUGUAAAUAUAUUGUAUCUAAAAUGAUACGCCUCGUGUUGCAAAGUGUCUUCUUUUGUUGUGAAUUGUGAAACAAAAUAAGAGAAGCAAACAGCGGAGUAUCUUUUUUAAAUAGUCGUAACAGAUAAACUAGUUAAUGUUGUUUUAAAAAAGUGAGAUGCAAAAGUUCAGCUGUGGUGUGUGUGGGUGUGAGUGUGUGUGUGUGUGUGUGUGUGGUGUGUGUGUGGUGUGUGUACAGAAGAUGGAUGUACUACAAUAAUGAAAAGAUAUUCUCCAGAUGUUUUCAGGAAACUUCUUUUUCUCUGAAGACAAAGUUAACAAGGCUAGCAAUUACUUUGUAUGACUAUAGUACAGCUUAUUUUCAUAAUACCAUCUGUGAGUUACCAUCUGCUAUUAACCAUCAGUAUUAUGAUGCUAUAGAGUUUACAGGGUCAUUACAAUACUAGUUAUUUGGCUUUAAAUCAGCCUGAGGGCAUAUUAGAAUAAACUUCCCUGUCAUCACGUCAAACCAUUGACUGGACUGCUCUAAGUACACGUUCUCUGCUUUUAUACAUCACUGUUAAUAUCACCUGUCUGUUCAGGGUGAAAACCUCCAUCAUCAAAUCACCUAUAUUGUGUUGGAAACUACCCAUAAUACCCUCACCUUGCGACACUCGCAUGUGAGCGAUAGAUAAGAAACAUUUCUACGUGGCUCUUUCGAUGGCUGCAGUCUUUAUUUGCAAAGAUGAGUGGAUCUACAUAUAUUGUAUUUUAAAAAUGGAUUGUUUCAAGUAAAAUGUAGAUUUGUAGUUUAUUUUCAGUAUCUCAGCUGUUCAAAUUGUUAUUUUUCUUACAUUUAGGUAAAUAAACUGUAUCUUGACGUUCGACUAUUGACAGGAAUAUGACUUCAUCUUAGGCUCUAGAUAACUGAUGGCCAUUUUAUAUUUUUUUCAAGCUGACAAAAUAAUUAAUCGACUAUUUAAUAAAAAAUAUGUUACCUGAAAUGGUUUAUAAUUUAAGAAACAUUCAUUCAUUUUGGGUGUUAGGAGAUGACCAUACAUGCUAGAAAGUAUAUGUGCAACUAAAACCUAAGUUCAGUUUUAUUAAUGUGACGUGGUUUACUUUGUAAUCAUUGAAGUCUUCAUCACACUUCAGGUCUGCGGCUCCUUCAAAAUGAAAGGAGAACCUAUGCAGUUUUUCCUCUUCUGUCUUCUGAGGUUAUGAGCCGACCAUUACUCAAGUUUGUUUUCAUAAUGUUCUGUAUGAUCAUUUAAAAAAAGGUUAACCAGUUUGUUUAUAAAGUAUAAAUACAUUUUCAAAACAAAUGGAAUACAAGCUAUAUGUAUUGCUCUCACCACAGUGGCCUAAUCUAAAAAAUAGAAAUACGUCUCGUCACCUAUUUUCUGUCUAAUACUAAAAGGUUCAUCUGUGUUUUGUAUAAUUUAUGUAGUAAAUGUUUGGAAGUUGCUAUAAAGGCUAAGAAUAGAUGGUGUUUCUGUGUUCAAAGUAUUUAAUUACCAUUUUACCCCUUGUGUUUUUGGGUCCUGUUUAAAAAAGGAAAAUAAUCAUGUUUUAAAACUGGUUUUUAAUAAAGUCAUGUCAAUCAUC